AUGGCUCAAGCGACAGCACAGUGGGCUCAACAGAUGGAAUCUUCAGGGCAUGACAGCAUGUCACUGGUGGAACCAAGGACUCGGGCAUGCUGUGGAGGAUUAGCAGAGAUGGGUGCAUCUGUGCAUACGUGCUCUAGAAACGAAGUUGAGCUUAAUGAUGCAUCGGGAAUGGGAAAUGAAAGUUUCCAAAUCCAUUAUGUCUCAGAUGUAAUUCAGCAAAUAGUUCAAAAUUUUCAUUAUCUUAUAUUUGCUAUGCAACUCCAGGUUCACAAUGUUGGGACAAGCAGAGUAAAGCCGAUUAUAGAGCAAAAUGCUGAAGAUUUUUCAGUGUCAUGA